UAACUGACUAUACUUUACUCUAGCUGCUAGUUACAGCUAGUUUUACACUCAAGUUAGUUAGUGGCAGAUGACUAUUGACUAGUGACUAGUGACUGGGUCAAGUCAAGUCUCCAAUGACCCCAAUGAAUAAACUGACCUGAACUCAAAAGAUUUUUUUAGAUAAAGAGUUGAAACCACAUUCGAUGAAGGGAAGGCACCCAAAAGAUCGUUGGCGUAGCUGCUAUACUACUAUACUUGGUAUACUAUAAACAACAUGAUAAAAGCACAAAUGACGAGCAGGUGUAGCAGGAAUGUCCUAUAGUCUACUAUAAACUGUUUUGUACAGACUGAGGCAUAAGGCAUAAGGAGAAAGGCCCACUUACUUUACUUUUUUGUUAAAUGUUCUUGUAUUUCUAACACUAUACUGAGCGCAGACAGGGUUCACUGGGAUGUGUUCACUGUAUGUCCAGGCUUCCAAACGGCAGUUGCCUGACAAGAGCAAGGAGAAUGCAGUGUGGCAGAAACUGUCAGUCGAAGUCAGAACAUCUUUGGGGGUGUCUCAAAAUUAUUCGCCUUGGACAGGGGGUGCGAACUUUGCAGGAGAAGGGCUUUCCCUCACCCAAAGGGUUGUGGACAUUCUCAAUGUUGUGGCCAUCAAGGUCAUGCAAGCGGACGCAUCACGGCGAUCCGUGCCCCAGUGCCUAGAGCAUGUGUACGUUGACGUGUCACAGAGUCAUGCCCGGUUGAACUUCACUCGGCGCAACGGUCUCACUGGAGCUUUCACAACGGCCACUGAGCUUUACUCCUACAAGGAAGACCGCGUGGUCCUCCCCCAUGAGAUGAUGUGGAUGCAUGGUUUCCCUGUGGAUUGCUCUGUUCCUAGCACAAUUUCUCCGGGGGCCUUCAAAGACAUGAUUGGCAAUGGGAUGAGCCUUCCAUCCCUGGCCACAAUGGUGUGGGCUUUGCAGGUUAUGAUGGCACGGGGCUUUGAGGCUCCUGAGGGGUCAGCCAUGGAGGUGAAGAGGGUCAAGAAUGUAGUAGACAAUGACUUGGAGAUGGGCGCGCAGGAAAUUGGCAAGGUAGUGAAGCCACGAUCGAGGCCCCUCAAAUGUCGACACACGCUGUGACCUUGUCAUCCCCCCCUCGUUCCUAUGGAGAGCAGCGCCUUCCUGUUUUUUCUGAGAGACUGGUAGGUAGUAGCUGCUAGAUUCUAGAUACAGAUCGGGUAGGCCACUGGCGCUAGCGGGCUAGCCACUAGCGGCUAGAUAGAGGCGGCUAGGCCAGGCGGCUAGACCCGCCCAGCACAGAGGGCGAAGCUUUGUGAUGAUAUAGUGAUAGUGAUGGUAGUGGGACCAUACCAUACCGUAUUUGUAUUUAUAGUUAUUGAGCUGUGGGUUAGGUUCAAGCUCUCAAUGCCAGCCUAAGGCCUAAGGCCACACUUUGGUCACUGUUGCCAUUGCACUGCGGGGCAAACUGGAGCAAAGCAAACAUGUAACUUUAUAUCAUUCAUAGACUUAGACAUAGAGACGUAGAGACACAGACUCUAGACACUAGACUAGUGACUAGCGACUAUGACUAGGGACUAGUGACUAGAC